AUGCCUCUUGAGAGCCUGAACCUGGAGACAGUGUAUCGGUCGCUUGUGGCGUCUCCCGCUCCGGGUUUCCAAAGGUCCUUUUUUGCCACGGCCUUUAACCCGCCACCGUGUGCGAGGGGGGUUUUAAAUAGUAGCAAUUACUGCUUUAUGAACGCAACAGCACAGGCUUUAGCUUUUAUCCCACCAUUUGCGCAGCUAGCCAUAUCUGCGGUGAGGGAGGCGGAGGUGUGUCCGACGCUUGCCGCCCUGGGGAAAUGGAUACUCUCGUACUGGACUAGACCUCCCCUGCAAUCGAUUCCACCGCCCCGCCUGCCCAGUGUAUUGCGUGGACCGGCGUCUUCCUCUGCCCCGCCUUCCCACUUGGCGAAGAUGAAUGGCUCGUCGCAGGAGGAUGCGACGGAGUUUCUGCAUCGCCUGCUGGAGGUGAUUCAGGCGGAGUUGCGCGCAUUAGAGGAAGGCUACAGUGAAAACUCCACUUGCGGAAGCCGUGAACCAACUACUUCGCUUUCGGAGAAUGCAGAAACGAAGGGAUGGACAUUUGUGAAGGGCAAGGAGCGACUCUCUGUGCGAGAACACCGCGACGAGGCCCGUUCUGUUUUGUUAGAUGCCGUCUUUGGCGGGGCGGUCGAGAAUCAUCUGAAGGGCAAAAGCAAACUGAAGGAUCACGCCUCUGUCUUAGUCGAGGGUUUUUUUCUGCUUCAAGUGGAUGUCGGUUUUAGUGCCGAAUGUAGUCUUGAAAUGGCGCUUGAACGGACACUACAACGUGAACGGGUUUACGACAGUGCACGUGCAAAGGAUCUGCUGAAGACGGCAAAGCUGCGACGACUGCCUACGGUGCUCCUUCUGCAGCUGCGGCGCUGGGCUGUGACUGCUGAGGGGGAACUUGUCAAGCUCGACAACGUGGUUCGCUUCUCCAAGACGUUAGUGCUUCCUAAAUCAACGUGCUCGGAGGCGACGUUAAAUAAUGCCGCGAGGACGUAUGAGCUGGUUGCCUUUAUUGCGCACCGCGGGAGGGCCACUGAGCGCGGACACUAUGUUGCAUAUCUUGCCAAUGCGUUUUUGCCAGACCCCGCAGUGGUGCAAGGCAAUGCCGUGCUAACAAUUUGCAAUGACGCAAAAGUGGAGCCUGUUCCCCUGCGGGAGGCCGUAGAGAGUGAGGCGGUGUAUUUGCUUGUUUAUCAGCGCAAGACACAACAAGUAGGCCCUGACACCAGAGGAUACGCAUGA